CAACAUUUACAAGUGAUGGAAGACCCCUGAGGAUGAAUCUGGAAUUUGGAUAUAAUCCAUGUGGGCAGAAGUUGGAUGUGGGAUUAAAUCUGUGUGACAUUAACUGUUUAUAAGAUCAACUUGUCUCCUAUGAGCAUCACCUGACUGAGAUCAUGGGGAUACAGUUAUUAUUUGCCGCUUUGGGAGUGGCAACAGUGGUGGUGGUGACUGCUGACUGUCCGGUAGUGUGUGAGUGCCCAGCGGUGCCCCCAUCCUGCCCCCCUGGGAUAAGUUCAGUCCCGGAUGGUUGUGGCUGCUGCAAAGUGUGCGCCGCACAGCUGAACCAAGACUGCCACGAGGGACGACCGUGUGACCACCAUAAAGGACUAGAGUGCAACUACGGCAACGAUGUGGGUCACACCCAUGGCAUCUGCAGGGCAAAGGCAGAGGGCCGCUCCUGCGAAUACAACGGACGGAUUUAUCAAAACGGCGAGAACUUCCGUGCCGGCUGCAAACACCAGUGCACGUGCAUUGACGGAGCUGUCGGCUGCAUGUCCCUUUGUCCCAGCCACGUGCCUCUAGCUUCUCCCUCCUGUCCUGCCCCAAAGCUGGUGAAGGUGCCCGGCCAGUGCUGCCUCAGCAUCGACUGCCAUAAGGGAACCACCGUUGUGCCCCCAGCGCAUCGGCGACCCAAACCCCCUACCUACCGCCCUUACCCCUUCAUUCCCUACCCUGGCUAUCCAUAUGCAAAGCCCUACCAGAAACCUUACCGGAACCUCUACCCUUACAAACCCAAAAAAGAGAAAGGUACCAUGGGCAACGAACUGCUGGAGGUGCAGGGCACAUGGGACAAACCACGUGGAAAUAAAGACCUGACAGUCUGGAGCAAGUUGGGAGAUCAAUGUGUGGUUCAGACAACCUCCUGGUCCCAGUGUUCCCGAACCUGCGGGAUGGGUGUUUCCUCUCGUGUUACUAACGACAACGCCCGGUGUAAGCUGGUCAAGGAGACACGGCUGUGCAACAUUCGGCCCUGCAGCUCUAUGUCUAUUCCUGUGAAGAGAGGAAGGAAGUGCUCUCGUACGCACAAGGCCCCGGAGCCCCAUCGUUUGUCCUACGCCGGCUGCAGAAGCACUCGCCUUUACAGGCCCAACUACUGCGGGGUGUGCAGAGACGGCCGUUGCUGCUCCCCUCGUCGCACGCGUACCGCCAACGUGACCUUUGCCUGCCCUGACGGGGACCUGUUCAGUAGAUCCGUGAUGUUCAUCCAGUCCUGCAAAUGCAGCGAUGAGUGCAACCAUCUGAACGAAGCUGCGAUGCCCCCACAACUGUGGCUCUUUGGAGACGUUCACAAAUUCAAGGACUAGUUGUGUUACCCUCGCCCCGCCUGCAUUCCUCUUUAAAAGCAUAAAUUGCCACCCAUUAGUGAUACUUUUUAUAGAGCAGCUGUUCCUAGUGUAGCUAUGAGUAGACGUCAGCAGUGUUCUCAUAUCGGGAAAUCUUUCUGAGAAGGAUUUUCUACCAUGCUCCAAAUGUUCCCUGAACUGUGCCACUUGAGCCAAGGAAAAAGGAGCAAGACCGGAGACAAACUCUUGAGGAUGACCAUAUCUUGCAUUAUGCUAAUCUUAUUCUCUUGCAGCGGAUUAGACGUAAUGAGCUGGUAGAAAGACAUUUUAAAUUUGAUAUGAAACAUAAGUUAAUGUAAGGACUUAAGUAGAGAAUUUGAAAAGACUUCAAUGGCGAUUGCAAGAGGUUGCGUCUUAUAUUUAUUCCUUGAUAUUUAUUCUACAGACAGACAUGUUGACACAAUGGCAAGCCACUGGGAUAAGAGAUUUUUUCUUGGAACCUCAACAAACGGCUGUCAGUCACAAGCUGGAGAGGGAGACCGGUCCAGGACAGCGUCAAAGAAUGCAGGUGAAGAAGUGCGAAAAACAGACAGCUAAACCCGAUGCGUUUAGGGUUUGUAAACAGGAGGAAAUAUGUCAAAGGUUGUUUAUACAGCUGGACCCGUCUCCUGCCUCGCCUUCACAAGAAACUGAGACAUUUAGCGAGAACCAGAAGAACAAGCCUGGGAUUCUGGCGUCGAGCAGUCGACCACCAAAUUCUGUGCAAAUUACAAUCUCCGAGGAGAAAAUCAGCUCCUCUCUGGUUUUGCUAUAAAAAUAAAAACCUGAAAGCUGCGUGUGUGACGAGGUAAACAUACAAUUUGUGACUUGCGGGUCGACCGCACUACUGCCUAAUAUGGCCUGUAAUUGAGCGGCACUCUAUGUCACAAACAAAACAAGAACUUGUGUCUUUUCGUGUUAAAAAGGUGUCUGUUUCUGAACAUUGCUGACUCAACUGUUGAGUCAGAAAUAAACUUUCCAAUGGGGGCUACACCUUGGAACCUCUUUUAGAGACUGAUUCUAGAUAGGGGCUGUAUAGUCUUUGAUUUCUGUAGUGUAGAACUGGAAAACAAAAGCAUCCUCUUAAACUCGUUUUGGAUUAGUUUGUGCACCUUAUGUCAACUUUUAUUCAAUUGAAGACAUGUCCAAGUUUUUCUGUUGCAACACUUCAGAUGUCGUCUUAUAUCCUCUAUUUGCUCGUGUAGAUACUGUGGUUUUGUCUUGUUUAUGGGGACGCAGUGGAGCUGCUGUGUCCAGAUGAAUUUGUAACUUUGUAGAUCUGCUGUAUGCGGGCCCCUCAUGCUGUUCAGUCGCUUCGUGUGCAGUUUGAAAUUAAUGAGAAUAAUGCACCAGUUUGGAGGAUAUGAGAAUUUUUUAUCUCAUGGAAGGACAGUUUCCCUUUUGGUUGUAAAGUAAUAACUUUUUUUUAUUUUAUUUUUUUGAAUAAAUAAAGUUUUACCCUUA